GUCAUCUUUACACCUAACGCAGGGCUCGAACUCACAGCCCUGGCAUUGAGAGUCAUAUGCUCCACCGACUGAACAAGCCAGGAACCCCUCAUUUUACCUGUUCUUGGUCUUCAUAGAGAAAGAAUUAUCAAGCAGACCCCAAAUGCAGCAGCUUUUAGCAACAGCAUACUGGAUGCUUCUUCUUGGACCUGUAUAUGGCUAUCACAAGAAAGGAAGUAUCACAAAUCCUGAAGCUAAUAUGAAUAUUAGCCAGAUUAUUUCCUACUGGGGUUACCCUUGCGAAGAGUAUGAUGUCGUGACCAAAGAUGGUUAUGUCCUCGGAAUUUACCGGAUUCCUCAUGGAAGAGGAUGUCCCAGAACAACUCCGAGACCCGUCGUGUAUUUGCAACAUGGCUUAAUCGCGUCUGCCACUAACUGGAUAUGCAACCUCCCGAACAACAGCCUGGCUUUCCUUCUGGCAGAUCGCGGUUAUGAUGUGUGGAUGGGGAACAGCCGGGGCAACACCUGGUCCAGGAAACACUUGAAAUUCUCACCCAAAUCUCAAGAAUACUGGGCCUUCAGCGUGGACGAGAUGGCUGGCUAUGACCUUCCAGCCACAAUCGAUUUUAUCAUAGAGAAAACUGGACAAGAGCAACUCUAUUAUGUGGGCCACUCACAAGGCACCACCAUCGCCUUCAUAGCAUUCUCUACCAAUCCAGAGCUGGCUAAAAGGAUUAAGAUAUUUUUUGCAUUGGCUCCAGUCAUCACAGUGAAAUACACCCAAAGUCCUAUGAAAAAAUUCAAAACUCUUUCCAGAGAAGUAGUCAAGGCACUAUUUGGUGACAAGAUGUUCUACCCUCAUACGUUUUUUGACCAAUUCAUUGCCACCAAGGUGUGCAACCGGAAGCUAUUUCGUCAUAUUUGCAGCAACUUCCUGUUUACUUUGAGUGGAUUUGACCCGAAAAAUUUAAACAUGAGUCGCUUGGAUGUUUACUUGGCGCAGAGCUCCGCGGGCACGUCUGUUCAGAAUAUGCUGCACUGGGCCCAGGCUGCUAAUUCUGGUCUGUUCCAAGCUUUUGAUUGGGGAAAUGCUGAUCAGAACAUGAGGCACUUCCACCAGCUUACACCUCCCUUAUAUGACGUCACAAAGAUGGAGGUACCAACGGCUGUGUGGAGUGGAGGACAUGACCGUGUGGCUGAUCUCAAAGACGUUGAGAAUUUACUCCCUAAGAUUACCAGGCUUAUUUACUACAAGUUGAUCCCACACUACAAUCAUGUGGAUUUUUACCUCGGACAGGACGCGCCCAAGGAAAUUUACCAAGACCUUUUUAGACUGAUGGACGAAUGUUUGCAAAAGUAAAUACAUUUUCCUUUCUCUAAGUAAGUGGAUUCUCAAACUAAUAACAUGGCACACAAACCCCUAAGGUGACCCCUCCAGUGGUUUUCACCUUCUAGCGUCCAUGUGUUGGGGUAAUCCUCUCCCCCGAGUAUGGGAGUGUCCCGAGACUUGCUUCUGACCAACAGAACUGGCAAAGGUAAUGGUGCCACACCCUUGGUUAGAUCAUGUUUAAGGCAAAGGUGAUGGGACGUCACUUCCUGAUUGUGUUAUAUUAUAUGAGACUCCAUCUAAGUAGACUGGAGAAGAGCUUCCUCUUGUCGGCUUGAUGAAGUGAACAGAUAUGGAAGCUUGCAUGGCAAGGAGCCACGUGUGACAUCUGGCAUCUGCAGGUGGCCUCCAGCCCACAACCAGCAAACUGACGGAUCCUUAGUUGUACAGCUGCAGGAGGAAUUAGAGCCAGCUCCUGGGUGAGCGUGGAAGCCCAUUAUUCCCCAGUGUAGCCUCCAGUGGAGAAAUCAGGCUGGCCACACCUCGAGUGCAGCCCGGGGAUUCCCUGAACAGAGGAGGGAGCUGCACCAUGUCCAGACUGUGGACCCACAGCAAGAGUGAGA